AUAAAACAGCAUGGGAGAGGGACAUUCAGUGAUAGAGAUGAUGAUGAUGUGAAAGAGAAGGAAGAGGAUGCGGUAGGAGAGGUGGUCAUGGUGGUCAUGGUGAUAGUAAUGAUGACGUAAUGUUUGGACAAAAAAGUUAAUGCUUGUAAUUCUUCAAUUUUUCUUUGUUAAAUCCUUGUGUGUUUAUGUACCUAUGCGUGUGUGUGUCUGUAUGCACGUGUGUGUAUGUAUGUGUACAAAUGUUUGUGUGUGUGUGUGUGUAGGUAAACGAUGUCUGUGUGGUCGUUUUCUUUUGCACUAUUGUUGGUUAAAUCACGAGGAAUUCUUUAGUAUUUCAAAGAAUUCACUGCUGUGUGGGAUGGCAAAUGCCAACCCAUUGGCAUAUCAUUAACAUAACAUACAAACUGAAGGCCAUCAAGCAGAAUCUCUGUCAUCCGACGCUGCCUUCUCUUGUCAGCUUCAUCAUUUCAAGUUCUGUCCAUCAUUCCUCCUCUAUUCUGCUUUGUGCUGUUGUACAGGACACAACAACUGGUCACUUGAAAGUGUUUCCUAGUUUGACCAGUGACACAUUCACACACACACCUGACAACAAGAAAACAAAACACUAUUUUUGUUCAGUGGUGGUCAUCAUACUGAGUACAGUGUGAAGUUGCAGAGUGAGACAAAUUGGUUAAAAUUGUUUUUUGACAAACGGGAAUAUCUACAGAGGCAAUGGAUCAGUUUUCUGCAAUUGGAACAUCAAUCCUCAACAAAGUUGCAUUCUAUCCGUCCCUUUUCUACAAUUAUGCCUUGUAUUUAGCUUCCUUUCGUCAUUGGUAUGUUCGCAUAGACAACUCAAUCAUCUUUGGUGCCUUACCAUUUCGGCAAAUGGCCACACAAUUGGUGGAAAAGGAAAACGUAAGAGGUGUUCUCUCAGCCAAUGAGAAUUUCGAAACAAAGCAUUUUACACCAUCAAAAGAGGAAUGGAAGGAUCUUGGUGUUGGUUUCCUCCAAGUGGAAGUUGAAGAUUUCGUUGGGACACCCAGCUUGUGGCAGGUCACUCAAGCUCUGGCUUUCAUCAGCUAUUAUCAACAACUUGGUCAGUGUGUUUAUGUUCAUUGUAAAGCUGGACGGACAAGAAGUGCCAUCAUAGUUGCUUGUUAUCUCAUGAUGAAGAACCAGUGGGAUGACGCAACAGCAUGGAACCACAUCCUCUCCAGAUGCACACAUGUACGACUUACACAGCAGCAGCAACAAUUCCUCCACUUCUUCUAUUUAACUCAGACCAGCAUGUAGAAACUAAGAACCAGAUGAUUUCCAACUCAGACAUGCUUCCACCUCCAUUCAGUUUACAAGAAACAGUGACUCAACGUAUAUAUAUCAGCUGAAAUCAAUUCAAGAUGAACUCUUCUUCUGAAACCUUGGGCGUCCCUCCACAACAACUUGUAUUAAACUAACUUUAACAAUUUGAUCUCAACAUAUGACUUUUAGCUCAAUGUAUGACAGCCACAAUGCAUCAUACAAUAACUUCAACCCACAAGGACUACUUUCACUCAAAAUACAACAGCCUCAACUCAAUAUAUAAAACAAUCUCAUCUUAAUUAAUAUGAUCUCACUCCCAAAUUAUUUUAUAACAAACUCAACUCUUUUGAUGAGUUCACUUCAAAGCAAGAUGGCCGGCACUCAGCUAAGCCUUCACCUGUCAGCUGCCUUUAUGUAAAUUGUUGAAUUAUUCAAAGUGAAGUAAAUCGUUUAAUGUUUA